CGUUUUCUUCACAGCAUAAUGAAGUGACUUCACGAAUGUGCAACUGCAACGUGACGAGGUUACUGCUGUUGGCUGUACCUAUGAAUGUGAUCAGAAUAAGCGGUGAUUAGGACAAAAUAACACCAAGAUUUUAAUUGCAAGGAGCCUCUAUGGAUUGAUAAUUAUAAUAGUUAUGAAUAUACUUUGGAGAUAAAUGAUUGUAUAAAUUAUAAACAUAAUUAUUAAUUAGUGUUCAUGGUAUUCCCGCUGUGCACAAGCCUGGUGCAUAUAAUGAGAACACUAUGCAAUAAUGAUUUAAUAUCCUGAAAGUAAACUGUCAUAACUCUGUGAUGCAGGAACUAAAAGCUGAAUUUCUGUUUUUCUGUUAAGGUUUGGUUCAGAGAGGCCGCCGCUGGAUCGUUACCUUCGAUUUCUCCUCCCUUGUGGCUGAGGAGCAGCUUCAGAAGGCAGAGCUGAGGAUCAGGUUGCCCCGGGUCACUAACGUUACGGACGUUACCGUGGAAAUCUAUCACCAGCACGAGUACCCCUGCCCGAGGCAAGGCCUGUGCCUGGAGCACCUUCCCAUGGGCUCCCUGUCCGCAGCCUCCCUCAUGGACUCAGCUCACAACUGGAAGGUCUACAAUGUCACCAGCCUGCUGUUCGACUGGCUCAAACUGGCAUUCCAGAAGGGGAGGCCGCAGGCCACGCAGAGAGGCCCAUCCCUGGCGUAUCCAGCUCUGUUGUCCGGCUCUAGGAGUGAGCAGAGCGUGAAGGACAGAGCUCUGCUGGUGCUCUUCUCCCACCUGGGAUCUGAGGAGGGCUCGCAGGCCAAGGCCAGCCUGCUGCACACUGCCGAGCAGUCCAAGUUCCUGCUCAGUGCCGAACCCCAGAAGGUCCAGCGCCCCAAGAGACACAAGCGCCACAGGAAGCGGAGAGCGCAGCCAAUCAGGCAUGUGGACGUGCCCAGGCGGGGCAGCGUGAAGUCGCUGUGUCGGAAGGUGGACCUGCACAUAGACUUCAAUAAAAUUGGCUGGGGCUCCUGGAUUGUCUUCCCUAAAAGGUACAACGCGUACCGCUGUGAGGGAACCUGUCCCAACCCUGUUGGAGAGGAGUUCAAACCCACUAACCACGCCUACAUGCAGAGUCUGCUGAAGUACUACCACCCGGAGCGAGCCCCCCCCGCCUGCUGCGCCCCCACCAAGAUGAGCCCGCUGAGCAUGCUGUACCACGAGAACGGCGCUGUGCUGCUGCGGCACCACGAGGACAUGAUCGUGGACGAGUGCGGCUGCCACUGACCGCGCCGCGCGUCCCCAUGGCAACGGCGCGAGGACCCCGCGCAGCGAGACGGAGACUUUGGGUUUAAAUGGAGGCGCAGUUCAGGAACGUGUCUUUCAGGGGAAAACCGAUCCGAAUAAUAAUAACCUCGGUGAAAAUCCUCCCGACAAAAAAAUCAGAAAACAUUCUGCUGGCGAGAGAAAUGCCUGAGCUCUUGAGCUGGUGCAGCUCUGCGUCCUCUGAGACUGAGAUGUGUUUGGUUCUGCCCCGGCAAAACGAAACGCUUCAGUAGACAACGCUGAAGGCCGAGGAUCUGGAGAGUCAGCUCUGCCAGCUCAGGAUGAAUUAGACUGAAUCACAUUUAAGCCAUUUACGCCAUAUAAAACUGCAGAUCUCAUAUCAUCACACAUCUUACAGCCAAAGAUUUUAAACGAUGUUAAUUCAGCUCCAGGUGAAAACUGGUGAAAGGCAUUUAAGUUGUUGGGAACAAGUGGCCUAAUUUCCAUGAAUCAAGCACUCUUAGAUAU